GCGGGGCCGCAGCCUGUGCCGCAGCCGGGGCAGGAGCCGCUACGGGGGCUGUGCCGAGGCCAUAGCCGGUCCCUGGAGCUGUGCCGGGGCUAUAGCCGGUGCUGCAGCUGCAGGCGGUGCUGGUGCUGCAGCCGGUGCUGUACCCGCUGCCCGAGCUGCAAGUGGUGCCAUACCUGGUGCUGUAGCCCGUGCCAUACCCGGUACCGUACCCGGUACCAUAUCUGGUGCCGCUGCCAUAGCCGGUGCUGUACCCGGUGCUGUACCUGGUGCCAUACCCGGUGCCGUACCCGGUGCCGUACGCGGUGCCGGUGCCCCCGAUGCGGCGGUGAGGCGGUGGGGAUGGCGGCGGGUGGGGGGCGGCCGCCGGGCCCCGAGUCCUCGCCGGAGCCAUACGUGCAGACCCGCAUCUUUAAGAUCAUCGUGAUCGGAGACUCCAACGUGGGCAAGACCUGCCUGACCUUCCGCUUCUGCGGGGGCACCUUCCCCGACAAGACCGAGGCCACCAUCGGCGUGGACUUCCGCGAGAAGACGGUGGAGAUCGAGGGGGAGCGCAUCAAGGUGCAAGUGUGGGACACAGCUGGCCAGGAGAGGUUUCGGAAGAGCAUGGUAGAGCAUUACUACCGCAAUGUGCAUGCCGUUGUCUUUGUUUACGACGUCACCAAGAUGACCUCCUUCACUAACCUCAAGAUGUGGAUCGAGGAGUGCAAUGGGCAUGCUGUGCCCCCCCUUGUCCCCAGGGUGCUCGUGGGGAACAAGUGUGACUUGAAGGACCUGAUCCAAGUGCCAUCCAGCAUGGCCCUCAAGUUCGCCGAUGCUCACAACAUGCUUUUGUUUGAGACCUCGGCCAAGGACCCUCAGGAGAGCCAGAACGUGGAUGCCAUUUUCAUGUGCCUGGCCUGCCGGCUGAAGGCCCAGCGCUCGCUGCUCUGUCGGGACCUGGAGGGGCGGCCGGGGCAGCCCCGCAGGCUGGAGCCAGCGCACAAUACCCUCAGCAAGAGCUCCUGCCCGUGCUGAGCGGGGCCCACACCCUCUGUCACGGUCACCCCAAUAAAGGCUUGAAGGCUUUGCUCUGCUCUGGGUCUUGCUUUGCGCUGUUUGGCCCGGCUCAGCUCAGUCUGACUUG